AUGGAUGAAUUGCGAGAUAUCAGAACCACUGGUCCUGAGGAUGUGUUGAAUAGCGUCGAUCCGUAUAGAUAUACAUCACAGAUUCCUAAUGGAAAGAGUAAUAAUGGAUUGAAUGCUAAAAUGAAUGGGAAUAAUACGUUAACCAAUAUGAUUAAUAGGAGUAUAGCCAAAAAUAUGGGCCAAAAUGCUUCCAGUGGCAGCAUGCGUCGGUCUAUGAGACAGAGUUUGAGAAACUCACUUCCACGUAGUUCCAUAGGUCCACAACAACAGCAGCAGAUGAAUUCCACUCAAAAUAGUACAUAUCAUAAUACUGCAAGAGAUCCGAGGCCACUUAGGGACAAGAACUUCCAGAAUCUGUUGCAGCAAGAGAUUUUCAGUUAUCUAACGGAUCAGAAAUUUGAUGUCGAGACUAACCAUCCAAUCUCUUUGAAGUCAUUGAAACAGCCAACGCAGAAAGAUUUUAUUUAUAUGUUCAAAUGGUUGUACCUUAGGCUGGAUCCGGGUUACGUGUUUACGAAAUCGUUAGAGCAUGAAGUUUAUUCGAUUUUGAGAACUAUUCAUUAUCCAUACUUGGCCACGAUAAAUAAAUCUCAGAUAUCAGCUGUGGGUGGGUCCAAUUGGCCAAAAUUCGUUGGAAUGCUUCAUUGGUUGGUAAUAAUCAAUAAAAAGUUGGAUGAAUGUCUAGAGCAUUUGGAUGUAUCAAUUAACAAUCAAGUGACGCAAGAUAUUACUGUGCUAAACCAGCCUUUGAAAACUGCCGAAGAGCAAGAGAAGAAACAGGAAAAAUAUGAAUUAAUGGUAGAGAGACUUUUCAUUGACUAUAUUACCGAGUCAUAUAAAAGUUUUCUUAGAUUAGAAGAUGACUACGAGCCUUACCUGCAUGAUCUUGAAUUGAGUUUCCAGAGGUUCGUCCAUAUCAUCGAAACGGAUAUAGCCCAGCUGACAUCUACCACCGAACAUUUAUCUGUUGAAUGCGAGUCCAUAGUUGCCAAGAACUAUGAGCUGAAAAAUAUUAAAGAGAAAAACACAGGAUUGGAACAGGAGUAUAAAAGACUAAGUCAUGGCGUUCAGAUUACCCAGGCGAAAAGUAAGGAAUGGCCGGAUAAAUUGAAGGAAAUUGAAGACGAAAUCGAUAAGAAGAAAAGAGAUAUACGGCAAGUUAGUUUACAGAUAGACGAACUGACUUCUGUUUUGAAAAGAAAGAAUAUAAGUGGAGAAGAGAUUGAACACAAGAAUAAGGAAAGUGAUAGCAUAUCCAAGAGUUUAGACACUGUUUCAUCUAGAUUGGACCAAUUCACAGGGUUAGUGAGACAACAAAGGUUGGAAACUGAAUCUGUUUACAAAAAUCUACAAGACACGUUAAAGCAGUAUAAAUCCGCUACGGAAGGGCUAGUAAUUGCAAGGAAAAAUCUCGGCGAUCAUAUUGAUGAAUCAUCAAUUGAACUUGUGUUACCAUCAGAUCUUAUGAGCGAAGAAAUGAUAGGACUUACUGUCGAAGAGCUCAUAGGAGAUAAGAAAUCUUUCACCGAUCCAAUCAAAAAGAAUUUGAAUAAGAUAGCUGAAGACAUAAAAAUGCGAAUAACAAACAUACAAACGGAAAACUCGAAAUUACAGAUUAAACUGGAGGACUUGAGGAAUGAAAUUACGACAAAAAACGAAGAUCUGGACCAACUAGAGCAACAGUUAUCAUCCAUAAAAUCCGAAUACGAAGAAUACAGACAAGAAUCCCAGAGUCAGUUACUUUCUCAGAAUAUCAAAAUUGAAAAGUUAGAGAGAAAGAUUCAAAAUGCACGCGUCGAAUCCCAACAAAAGAUAUCCAGCAUAGAGAGAGAGGCUGAGGAAACGAGAUUGAAAUUGGAAGAACUGAAACUUCUACAGAAUAGAGAAAGAUUAGAACUUCAUAACAAAGUGAUACAACUUAUCGAAUAUGUCUCAAAUUUCAAGAUUAAUACCCAAAGUUCAAUUGAAGAAUUACAAAAUGCAACACAAAAAGAACUCCAGCGUCUGCAAACUGAAGUGUAA